UGAAAAGCAUCACAGGAGCCUCUGGAUAAAGAGCAGCUUCAGGAGCAAGGCUAGGAGACAGAGGAUUCCUGCUCACUGAUAAAACAUGUUGUGUUCUGCUGUUUUCUUUACAGAAACAGAUGUGAGGAAGCAGUAUGGAGCUCAAGAGAGGAAAGACCUUCAUAAAAUCCAGUGUGCAACAUGAGAAAGUGCCACCAGUGCAUACAGCUCCCACCAACAAAGAUGAGAUGGGCAAAGACAAAAAGGCAGCUCUGGAGGGGAACCAAAGUGCGGCUGAAGUCCAGCUGGCGUGUUUGGCCACACACAAGAACUACAGAUUUUCUACCAGAGCAGCAAGGAGUGGAGCUGGUGGUCACAACCUGGAGAAAUCAUCCGGCUCCUCCUACAAGCUUGUAAGGAAGAGCAAAACUCACGAGUGCGUUGCUGAGGCAGAUAGAGCAGAGAGCUGCAGCCCCAGCAGCAGCAGGGCUUGCGAGGAGGGGUUUGCUGGAAAGGGCAAGGCCCGACUUGUCAGUAGCAUCAGCUUUUCGGGGGUGUCCAGCUCCAGCAGCAAGAAGGAGUGUGUGGUCAGCCCCAGCCAGUCUGCCUGCAGCAGUCAGAUGAUUGAUUACAGGAACUUUGUGCCACAGAUGCCUUUUGUACCGGCUGUCGCAAAAACCAUCCCCAGGAAGAGGAUUUCCCUCAAGAGAUCUAAGAAAGGGCUCAGAGAUAUAUUUCAUAUAAGAAAAAAUAAACCAGAUAGCCUCUCAUUUCUGGUGGAGAAGGACAAGAACCUGUCCUCUCCAGGCUGCAAGGGUGAGUUGUCUGGACGUCUUGCAAAGUAUCUUUUCAAAACUGGAGAAGCUUGUGCAGCUGAUUGCUUGUCACAGGACUGCUCAGACAGUGAACUGCAGUCUGACUCCUCCUAUGACUACUGCAAUGCCCGGUGUGAAGAUGUUGCCUCCCUGAAGAGCUUUGACUCGCUCACUGGCUGUGGGGAAAUCUUUGCUGACGAGAGCUCAGCUCACCUGGAGCUGGAGAACAGCAAAGACCUUCUGCUGAGGCGAAGCAAGCACAAAGACAGCCCUGGCAUGGGCUCCUUCCAGGGUGGGGUGGAGCAGCUGGCCUCUCCUGGCCAGAAUGAGACAAUGGAAUUUGCAAAGUUUUGGGACAACAUCAACAAAUCAGUAAGGCUGCAUCAGAGUGCUCUGUUUGAAAAGAAGUUACUGAAGAUCCCUGGUUCUGACACAGAAAAGGACAGAAGUCAGGCUGCUGUACUGGUCACAGAGCCCCAGGUGUCACCUGAUAAAGAAGGUGACAAUUCCAAAGCCAGCUCCACAGAAACAGAAACACCGAAAAGUGAAAACCAGGAAUCCACAUCCACGAGUGAUGAAGGCUACUAUGACUCAUUCUCUCCUGGACAAGACGAUGAACUGAAGGAAGCCCAGACCCCUGGUGUCCCAGGUAGAUUUCCAAGAGACAGCUACAGUGGAGAUGCCCUUUAUGAGCUCUUCUAUGACCCAAAUGAAGUCAAAGUAAGCCCUAUCCUUGAUGAUGACUUGUGUGCCUCUGAAAGUGUUUCAGAGCAAGCCAUUGAAAUCCCUUUGUCCAUUUACAGCUUUCAUGUUGGAGCUGAGGAGAACAUGGCUUCCCAACCAACUCUGGACAUCAUUAGUCAGGGUUUUUUCCACAGCACAUGGAAAGGCAAAGAAUGUUUGUUAAAGCUCUGUGAUACUGAGCUUUCACUGACCAUGGGCAUAAUAAACUGGCUACGAAAGCACUCGGGACUCAUCUCCUCCCCUGACUCUCUUCAGAGUCCUCAGUCACAGCCAGAAAAAGCAAAUGAUUCUUUGAUCCUGCCCAGUCACAGUCCAGAGCAGAAAGGGAGCACAGGAGCUCAGCAGGAGACACCAGGCAAGAGUGAAUCUAAUACAUUUAACCCAUGUGUGCCUUUGGAGGAAAGCAAACAUGCAACCCAGGCCUCUUCUGUAGACAUUGCUGGAAGAGACCACAGCCUGGACUCCUGCCUGAACACAUCUGAUCUGGAUUGCCAAGGAAGAGAAGGGAGUCACCACAAGGACUUAUGUGCAGUGCCUGGGACUGUGGAAACCACCAGCUCAUCAAGUUAUGCACCACAAUCACAGGCUAACCGAGACAAUCUGCAGACAUCUUCAACUGAGAAUGAGAAGGUAGCAAUUUCCCUGGGAUGUGAGACAUCCAGGGACAAAAAUCCUCUGCCAGAAAAGCUGAACAGAGAGAGUGGCUCCCAGAGCUCUGAAAAUCCUUCAUUAGAUGAUAAUCACGAAGUAGAAUCAUGUUACUCCUACAAGACUGCUGCGACCUCACUCCGAGAUCCCCCUGAGAGGGAAGACAGAAAUAAACCAGUGUAUCACUCCCUCUCUGUUUCCUGUGACAAACCACUGCAGCCUCUAACCCUCAGUCACUUCCAGAGCUACAUGAGCCCCACACCAACAGAGAGCAGCACUAACAUAGUGCAGCUCUUAGAGCACUGUGUAACACAGGUGGCAUCAUUAAAAAUCAGCUAUGAAAACAAGCACCUGGAAGACAAAUACAUUGGGAAUGAAAUGAACAGUAUAAUUCAAAAGAUGUCUCAGUACAAAAACAAGUUAUUGUUGCAGAAUGAAUGCAGCUGCCUUGCUCAAAUUCCAGAAUAUCCCAGUAUUCCUAGCACAAACCAAUACAACUAUGACACAAGUUUCCAAUCUAGCAGUCUUUAUCAUUUGAAGCAAAAUGGGGAGCAAAUUUGCUCUGAAGAUCAGAAAAGCAGAGCAAAAAUCCUGGAUGAGGUUACUCAAAGCAAGAUCAAUUUUGAAUAUGCCCAGCUGAAUAAUCAAGCACUCUCCUAUUUAAAGGACUUUGCUCUCAGUCCAAGUGACUCUGGUCCUGAGACGUCUCUUAGCAGACCAACAUUUUUACCUCUCUUUAACGCUGUCUGCCCAGACAUAGCUGGUACCUUCUCACAGGGCUCACACAGCACGGCUGUCUGUCUGUCUGACCCUCUGCAGCCUGAGGAGGCCAAGCAGUGCAGCCCAGGGCCCUGGAACUGUGCAGAGAGCCCCUGCCAUGGCCUGGCUGCAGGCACUGCUCUGUCCCCUCUCCUAGAGGCAGUGGCCCGGGAUGCAGCGGUGACAGCCAGGAACCACCAGUGACACCCUGCAUGGAGAAGGUGCAACACUGAAGAAUCUGUUUGUAGAUAUGGAUGUACCCCCAACACAGCAUAGCAUGGCAGUUCCAUGAUGCUAUACCAAGACCAAAAUCAACAAGGAUUUCUCUCUGGAGAUCUCACCAGAAAUGUUGCAGCAGAAAAUCAUGCCAGUCUGUUAGAAUGACAGGCACAGUUCGGAGUUCUGGACAACCUCACACCCCUGAGGCCAUAUUUGCAGAUGGCUGGUAACUAAUACUCUUUUUUAAAAACAAAACCAAACCCAAGUUCAGUAGGAUUUUGAAAAAAUUCAUGCCAUGAUAAGGUUUAAGAAAAAGUGAUAGCAUAUUUCUGUCAUAUCAUGCCACACAGCAAUUGAAAAUAUCACUAUAUUUUUAAAAUACAGGUAUGUGCAGAAUAAGCUUUCAUUUGGGAAGUUAUUCUGAAGAGGUAAAAUAGUUUUCUCUUGUACUAAUUUUUCUUUAAUUUAGAGAAAAGCUUUAUAUAUUUUAUGGCAACCAAGCCACAAGGUUCUAGACUGCAGAUUACACUGGUAUGGCAAGAUACUGCCUAGGAAAAGGUAUUUUUUAAACAAACAAAAAUAUCAGGAAGCAAAACAUAGUACGCCCUCUAUUGUUCAAAAAUAUGUGUUUUUCAUAGCAGAAAUGGUGAGUUGAAUAAUGAAUUAUAUGUAAAAAUCACCAUCAAAAAGAGAAAUUGAUUGCAUUUUAAAUGAAGAAAAACACGUUUCUAAUAUCCAUGAUAACAGCUGCACUUAACCUUACAUGAAGUGUUUAUUUUCUAGUUGAAAAAUUGUUCUCAAAGUACAAAAUAUGCUAUUAAUCCAGUUUUCAUUUUUUUUGUGGCAUUCUUGGAGGUAAUUUAACAUCAUUUUCAUACCCCAGUUCCAACCUGAUCUUGGCUGUCUCAUAUUUUGAGAAUAAAUUGAAAAAAACCCCUAUGAUUUGUAGAUGAACCUGAUGAUUAAAUGGUCCCCUGUGGCCAUGGUGUGUUCAUAGAGAUCUUUACAGCCUCCUUGUUAGUAUCCUGCCUUGGACAGUGUUUAGGGGCAGUACCUUUGCCCUGAGAUUUGCUGUCAUGGGGAAAAGUGAAAGAAGGACUUGAGGCUGGGAACUGCAGCAAGGGAAAACUACCUUAGAUUAGAUGUCUGAAUUUUGAUGUCAAAAGUUAAUUUCUACCUUUGAUCAUUAAUAAUGUAAAGAAUAUAUAACCCACAGUAUUUAAGAGAUGUCUGCAUUUUGCAGAAUCUGGGUUUUAAAACCCAUGAUAUGGCAGAACUAAGAAGCUAUAAAGUGAAAUCACAUCCCCUAGCUAUGGAGCUUUCUCAGAAUUACUUGACACUUACGAAGAGGAGAGCUUCCCUCUCCAACACUCCAAGACUGCCAGCACAAAUCAACGUUGAGAAUGCACUCAUUUUACCACAAGAAUCUCCUGAAAAGAUUGAUUAGAAGGGUCUAAGACCCUCUUUCAUGGCACAACUAUUUCUGAAGACUGCUUUGAAGUUGUCAUUCAACCUACAAAAACCAAACACCAAGGAGUUUGUCAUACAGACAUUCUUCCCUAAAACAGUAAGUGACACAUUAGAAUUGAGCCAGCCAAAUAAUAAUAAACAUAGGGCUUAGUAUUCCAGCAACAGACUGUUUGUACAAAAACUAGCUGUUCCUCACACAAGUGAUUUCUUUUGUAAUUACCACAGUAGCCUCCUUCAGCUCACCAACAUCUCUUGUAAUGAAGGACAAGAGGACCUUGAGGUCCAGAGGCAGAAUUUCUUCUCCUUGCAGCACAGCUCUUCCCUGGAUUUCAGGUUGAGUAACCGACUUCAUGGAGGAAAACAAAGGCAACAGAAAGAAAAAGUCAUCUUGCUCCCACACAGCAAAGGAGACAGUAUUUCAGUAGAGACUAUUAUUUUUCCUACCCUACAGGAACAGAGCAACAAAUGAUUUGUCCAACUGUAUUUACCUCCAGGUGUCUAGGUCCAGCAUUGACAUAAACAGCCUGUCCAGGUCCCUCUGGAUAGCAUCCCUUCCCUCCAGCAAGUUGAUUGUUCAUCAUACCUUGGUGUUACUGGCAAACUUGCUGAAGUGUGCUUGGUCCCACUGCCCAUGUUAAACAGGCUCAGUCCCAAAGCCAGCUGGAGAAAUGUCACUUGUUUCUCUCCAAUUGGACAUCAAGCUGUUGACCACCACACUUUGAGUGUGACCAUCCAGCUACUUCCUUACCUGUUGAAAGCGAAGGAAGUCGACCCAUCCUAAUUGAUCAGCAUCAACUCCGAUUUUUUGAUCAAUUAGCCACUUUAUAUAACAGUGUUAAUUAACUUCAUGCAUAUUGCAAAAUCCAUGCUCAUGAUAGGUUACAGAGAAAACUCUAACCCCUCCUUUUGUUUUACAAUACCUGUGGUUUGUUUAUUGAAAACAGGACCAGUGUUCUCAGAGAGCCCAAGGACAGAGUGUUUGCCUGUUAUGGGAAGACUGUCUGAGAAUCUUAUUGUUUAUAAAGUGGUGCUUGAGAGAGCCUAAUUAUUUAUAGAAUCAAGCCUGGGAAUUGCUUUACAACUACCUUUUACUUUUCCCUCAACUGUAUGCCUUCAUGUCCUCUUUCUUUAAGCCAUGCUAGAACCAGACUCUCCACACUUACCCACUGAGGGGUCCUUCCACUUGCCAGUUAAAAGUCAGGGAUGUCACGUGGGACAGUGUCAAAUGCUCUGCACAGCUUCAGGUGUGACUUGCUCUCCCCUUGUCCACUCAUGCUGUGACACCACCAAACUUCACAGAAUCAAUGAGUUGGAAGAGGCCUUCAAGAUCAUCGCGUCCAAACCAGCGCCAACAGCUCAACUCAGCCCUGGCACCCAGUGCCACAUCCAGGCUUUGUUAAACACACCCAGGGAUGGGGACUGCACCACGUCUCUGGGCAGAACAUUCCAGAACUUCAUCACUCUUUCCAUGGAAAACUUUUGCCCAAUAUCCAACCUAUAUUUCCCUUUGUCAGGCAUGAUUUGCCCUCAGUGAAAUCAUGCUGGCUGUCCCAGUCACUUCCAAUGUUUUCCACGUGCCUUAGCACAGUUUCCACAAUGAUCUGUGCCAUGACCUUGCUGGGCACAGAGGUGAGGUUGACUGGUGUGUAGUUCUCUGGGUCUCCCUUUUUUCCCUUUUUAAGGAUGGGUGUUAUGUUUCCCCUUUUACAGUCGUUGGGAACUUCACUGGACUGCUGUGACUUCUCAAAUAUCAUUGACAGUGGCUCAUCCAUUUCUUCCACUACUUCCCUUAGGACCUGCAAAUGAACCCCAUCAGAUUCCAUGGACCUUUACACCCUCAGGUGGGUUAGAUGUCCUUGAACCUGAUCUCCUCCUACAGUGCACAGCUCUUCAUUUUUGCAUCCUUACCUUCACCUUCUGUGACCCAGCCAGUGUGGCUGGAACCUGUUAGUGAAAACCAAUGAAAAAUAGUUGGAGUAACUCAGCCUUCUCUGCAUCCUGAGUAACCAGGUCUAAUGUUUCCUUCCAGACAGGGCUCAUCAUUUUCCUUAUCUUUCUUUUAUCACUGACAUACCUAUGGAAGCUUUCUUGGUGCCCUUGCUGUCCCUGACCAGAUUUAAUUCUAUCAGGGCUUUAGCUUUCCUCACCUGAUCCCUGUCUCUUGGACAGUGCUGGGGAGGACAAUUUCUGUGUAUUCCUACCAGACUACCUGUUAUUUCUUCCAUCCUCAUUAACUUAUCUUUUUGUGUUUGUUCAGGAGCUUCUUGUUCAUCCAUGCAGGCUUCCUGGCCUAUUUACCUCAUUUCCUCUUUUUAGGGAUGCCUUGCUCCUGAGCUUGGAGGAGAUGAUCCUCGAGUAUCAACCAGCUUUCUUGGACCCCUCUUCUCUCCAAGGCUUUACUUCAUGGUAUCCUACCCAGCAGAUCCCUCCUUAAGAGGCCAAACUCUGCUUUCCAGAAGCCCAGGGUAGGGAUCUUGCUGUGCAGCCUCCUCACAGUUGCACCCUGACACUCUAAGGUCCUGGGUUCAAUCCCUGCUGCCAAAAGAACAACUGUGGAUCUGCAUUACACACCAUGGAAAAAUGCUUGUGGGUAGUCUGUUCUAGUUCUCCCUGUGGAGCAUGGCUGCUGAUGCAAUGUUGGGGAAAGCUCAAAAAUCUUUGGGGCUUAAUCAAUCUCCAUUUAAAGAACCAAGAGAAAAUUUCCCUCCUCGAGGUCAUAUUAAAUAAAGUGUUUACUAAGAUUGUCUGUACAUGAGUUUAAAGGAGAAUCUUUAAAUUAAACUUGUUAUUUCACCCAAGCAACAUCUCUAACAAAUGAACACAGGCUGGUGAAAUUAAUGAGAAUUUUAAAUAUUCACUGCAUGUAAGUUUCAAUUUCUCAUGCAGUAUGUAGCUGUGAGAACAGCUUUCUUCAGCCUGCAUUCAGCCUAACAUGCUGUCAUUCCUCUUUGGUGUUGGAUGGAUUUUUUUAGCUUUUCAAUGGAUGUAACAGAAAAUUAAGAUAAAAUAUGAAGACUUUGUCAGAUUUUUGUGGGUACAAAACUUCAAAGCAGCUUGCAUGAAACUGUUCACCUACUUCUUGCUUUUGCAAGACUGGAAGCAGUGACCAGUUAUGUCCAGACAAAGAUCAGAAUAAUAAUUAAAAGAACAAUACCUUUAUGCUGAAGAUAACCUCCAAAAAGAAAAAAAAGGGGUUUCCCCCUCCCCUUUUCUUAUGGUUUAUUAAAAUGUAAAAAAAAAUGUUCAGGAAGAAUUAUUUAAAAUAAAACUAUAUUCUUCUGAAGACAUCAGUUCUUGACAUUCCUUCUUUUAAUACAGAAUUAAUUGGAAUUCCCAGCACUAAGACCAGGUACCUGAGUACCCUUAACAAACCCACAUGUGCUGUGAUGAGUAGAGAGAGCGCUCACCCCUUUAAAAAGCUGCAGUGCAAAUAAUCUCAUACUAGUAAAAAUGUCUGGAAAAAGUGUAGGAAGAAAUACCAGACCCACCUGAAUUGUCAGGUAAGUGCUCCUUCCAAAAGCAAAGUAUUAAAAUGGCAGUCAGGUAUCCCAGUCAGAUGUAAGGGAUGGGAACUUGGGCACAAGCCCCAGAGCAAUACUGUGCCUCACUCACAAUAUUCCAUUGUUCUCAGUAAGCUGGAGCAUUUGGGGCAGGAUAUUGGAAAUGCUGACAUUUUACAGCAAAUGCACAGGACACACAAUAAAGUUGCAGGUAAAAUGAGGAAUAUUUAAGAGAGAACAAAGUUACAUAUUCUGACUUCUACUUAAGGAAAAGAAUAAAACUUCUUGAUUAACAAUGUAUAUGCAUGGUACAUAUAUAUAUUAUAAUAAUAAGUGUGUAUACACACACUUAAAAAAAGAAUUUGUGCAAACUUAAGUUCAAGAAUAGGGAAGAAAUCUCAAGCAGGUACCUUUUGAAAAUCUGAGUAGCAGAUUAAUAAAAUUUCAGUACAAACAUGGUUUAUUAUGUAACUAAGAUACAUGCAUUUAUAUGCUGUUUAACCUAUUUUGUUAACUAUUUUUCAUAUAUGUCAUAUCUAAUGUACAUAUGCUUUAUGUAUUAUAUUUUAGUUACCAUACUCUACAUUACAUAUUAAAG